CUUCCCGACACCCGAAUUCAAUUAUGGGCGUAGUAGUUCUGUGGCUGUUACGUAAUGGACGUGUAUUUCCGUUCGCCUAGCAGUUGCACUUCUUUUCAUAUGUUGUGAACUAAAAUAGGUGUUGGCAGAGAAGAGGAUGGGUGUCAUGGAGGGAAGAAAGCCAACGAUAGAGCUCAAUGGCCUGAAAUUCACUUACCCAGGAAUCGACGGCCAUCCACCGCCUGGAUCUACUCCUUUGAUCGGCGAUUUCUCUCUCACUCUCAAUACCGGCGACCGAUGUCUUCUCGUCGGAUCCAAUGGCGCUGGUAAAACUACUAUUCUGAAGAUAUUGGGAGGAAAGCAUAUGGUGGAGCCUCACAUGGUGCGUGUAUUGGGAAGAUCCGCUUUCCACGACACCGCUUUGACAGCUUCUGGUGAUCUCUGUUAUCUUGGAGGAGAGUGGAGGAGGGAUGUCGCUUUUGCAGGGUUUGAGGUUUCCAUACAGAUGGAUAUUUCUGCGGAGAAAAUGAUAUUUGGAGUUGCAGGUGUUGACCCUCAAAGAAGAGCUGAACUUAUCAAAGUAAUGGAUAUUGAUUUGUCUUGGAGAAUGCACAAGGUAUCUGAUGGUCAGAAAAGAAGAGUGCAAAUUUGUAUGGGUCUCCUUAAGCCAUUCAAGGUUCUCCUUCUUGAUGAGAUAACAGUCGACCUUGACGUGCUGGCAAGGGCUGACCUUUUAAAGUUUCUCAGAAAGGAAUGUCAAGAGCGAGGGGCCACAAUUAUCUAUGCUACCCACAUAUUCGAUGGCCUAGAGAAUUGGCCAUCAUAUAUUGUGUAUGUAGCUCAUGGCAAGCUGCAAUUGGCAAUGCCAAUGGAUGAAGUGAAGGAGAUUAGCAGCCUAUCACUGAUGAAAACAGUGGAGGCUUGGUUAAGGAAAGAAAGAGAUGAAGAGAGGUUGAUGAGAAAAGAAAGAAAGGCACGCGGCCUACCCGAGUUUGAAAAACGAAUGGAGGAAAGCCGUGUUACUGGUGAUCCAGCAUGUGCUGCUGUUCGUGUAAUUAACAACGGCUGGGCUGCAGGAAGGCUGCACUCUACUGUUGCCGGUGAAGAAAAUUUCGUCCUCAGCUCGAACAGAGUUUUGAGACAGUAGAUAAUCCAAUAAUAAACAAUCCCUAUCCUUCCAGAUACAAUAGUAUGAAUGAAAAUCCAUGAACAGUGUAGAUAGCGCCUUGCUUUCUUUUGAUGAGAGAGGAUUUUCAUGGAGGAUCAGGGAUUGACGAGCAUAACUGUGGUCAUUGGUCAAGCAUUUAACAUAUGCAUAUUUUUAUACUACCACAUAGUAGUGUAUGUAUUAUCGAAUAUUGAGCUGAAAUUGAUGUUAUCUACCACAAAAAACAUUCGGGUGCAGCAAGAAGUACCUUCUGAAUAAUAUAUUGUA